AUGGCGAAGGCACCUACUCAGCCGCCGCCAAUCCACUACAAGCCAACGAUAGUCUUCAUCCACGGCCUGGCCAGGGGACCAAGGUCCUUGGAGAAGUUGAGAAGGCAUGUGGAAGCCACAACUGGUUGCAGCACCAUUAACAUAGGCUACUCCACAAGGCCAAAGCUGGAAGAUGCCGCCCUGGUCGUUGCCCGGAAGAUCAGGUCAGAGGUGGGCCAGGGGGGAGAUGCCUUUGCUGUGACCCAGUCGAUGGGCGGAGUCAUCCUGAGGCUUGUGAGCAACCUGCCGGAUGGCGGAGGCGUCAAAUGGAGGGGGGCGGUCAUGUUGGGGCCUCCCAACCAAGGCAGCUCGUUUGCACGUGCCCUUUUGGGCACCACCUUCGGCGGGCUCUUCAGGCUUGGUUUUGGCGAGGCGGCUGCUGCUCUUGGAGGGCCGAACACUGAAUGGCCGCUGCCUCCUGGGCCAGUGGGCAUCAUUGCUGGCACCAAGGCGCUGUACCCAAGCGUCCCCUCCUUCGUAUCCACUGCUUUCAACCUCUUGAAAGGCCCAAACGACGGCACCGUGUGCGUGAGCGAGACGCGACUGGAAGGGAUGGAUUAUGACUUCCGCGAGUGCCACGAGGGGCACUCUCGGUUGCCAUACAACCAGGAGGUUUUCCAACUCGUCGUCAGAUUUGUGGAAUCAGCGUCGUUCGGCUGA